CUGCUUUACCUGUCCUUUUAUUUAAAAUAAUAAUUCUAAUGGAGCCCUCCCCAUGAGGGUUCGAGGGAAUUAAAAGGCGGAGGAAUCGUGUAUUUUUUUUCCCCAAUUUUCUCAUCUGGGUCCGAGGCGUUUUGAGGCUCUCCGAUUAGGGUUAGGUCUUUCUUCGUAUCGCCGCCGCCUUUGCUUCGUUCGCCCGGAUUCUUCUUAUUUGUCGGACCCUUUUUUUUUCCGAAAUAUCCGCGGAUUUGGUGAAUUUUGCAGCGGAAUUUUCGGAAAAAAAAAGGAUUUUAGGAAGCAUCUGGCCCGAGGAAUUCGUAAUUUAUCUGAAUUUUCCGCUGAGAUUUAAUAAGGCCAGAAACGAGCAGAGUGCAAUCAUUGCUGGAUGGUUACUGGAUCUCCCUCGAGUAAAGACUGCAAUAAUAGAGGUAGAGUCGCAGGCGAUAGGCUGUAAAGUUUGAUCUUGGGGUACAUGGAGGCGAUGUCCGAACCGGGAACCAUGGCGGCCGGAGAAUUAUCCGAUGCAGGCAAGCAGAGAAACCCAGUCCAAGCGCUGCCGCCGGUGUACAACAUGCGAUUAGUCACCUCUUCUGAUGGGACCGCAGUGUAUGAAUCCAUAAGCAGUAAUUCUCCUCCUCCACACCCAGCAGGAGGGGGAUACGGUGAUGGCAACUCGGUCGCCGGUGCACCGCAUGGCCUCGGUGUCAGCACCGGGGGGGCGUUCAAACGAAAGCGUGGACGGCCGAGGAAGUACGGGCCCAAUGGCGCCCUCGCCCUUCCGCUCACCACCAUAUCCCCGAGCGGGUCGGCUCCACCGGCGGCUGCUGGAGGGUUCUCGCUUUCUUCCUCUGCUGCCGCCACUGCUGCAGCACAAGCCAUGAAGAAAGCAAAGGGUCGGCCGCCAGGUUCCAGCAAGAAGCAGCAAUUGGAAGCUUUGGGAUCAGCUGGGAUUGGUUUUACACCUCAUGUUAUUACAGUCAAGAUAGGAGAGGACGUUGCAUCAAAAAUUAUGGCAUUUUCACAGCAAGGACCACGUGCUGUUUGCAUUCUUUCAGCGAAUGGUGCUGUUUCAAAUGUGACUCUUCGUCAGGCAGCAACAUCUGGUGGAACAGUAACUUAUGAGGGUCGAUUUGAAAUCUUGUCACUCUCUGGCUCAUUCCUGCUGUCAGAGAAUGGUGGGCAGCGAAGCCGAACAGGGGGGCUGAGUGUGUGUCUGGCUGGUCCUGAUGGUCGCGUAUUAGGCGGUGGAGUUGCCGGGCUUCUAACGGCAGCAUCUACCAUCCAGGUAAUAGCGGGCAGUUUUAUUGCUAACGGGAAGAAAGAGACAACUCAGAUGAACGCAUCGGAACCUAUGUCUGCCCCUGGAAAGCUUGCUGGCCCUGGUGGGGUUUCACAAGGUACGCUGAGCGAGUCCUUUGAUGGUCCUGGGGCUCCACUCAACCAGAGCAUGGGUACUUGCAAUAACAGCAACCAGCUGGGCGUGGCAUGGAAGUAACUGCAUUUCACACCUUAUGUAGCCAGUUUUUAAAGCUUUAGAUGUCUGGAAAUCUUGUACUACUACCUAAUUUGUACCCUUUGUAACCAUAACUCAGAAAUCCUAAAUCCCUCAUCUUGUCUUCUAUGAUGUGCACUUAGAUGUUGGUUAGCCAGGGGCGGCUGCAUCAUGCCACAGAGGAAAUUGGAGCUCCUAUGCAGUCUCUGUCCGCACCUCUCCCCAGAUUUGUCAUUAAGAAGCGACUGAAGAUGUAUACAGAUGUAUCAUGUGACAGAUAUUUAUUAUACUCGUUAGUUUCCCUGCAUAUUUUCUAUUCUAUCUUGUUUAGAUGAGUUCAAAAAUAGGCAGCAUUCUUCAGUCUUUUCAGGUCUAUCCAUGUGUAUGUCUAUCAGUUAUAUAUAUUUAAUCUUAUAUUGAUUAUGCAUUAGAUAAA